AUGACACCGUCCACCUCUGCAAGCAGUUCUGAACUACCAAGUCCAACUACUGAUACGUUUGACGACAUUUCGAACAAAUUGACGGCAUACCUACAUCAAGUAGCUGAAAGAUACGAGAUGGACAGUGAUGCGAUAUUCAAAGAUCAUUGCUAUGCUCGACUUUGGAACUGGAAACCAGAAAAUAUUUAUGUAAAGCCUAUAAAAAAGCUGUUUUUCUCAAAGAACACUGUGAGAAAGGAUGAGGAAAUCGACGUGGAAAAUAUUGAUAGCGAACCAUCGUCACUGCCUUUUGAUUCAAUCAGAGUUUAGCAUAUGAUGGCUGAGUUUGAACGGUUAGCGAAUUUUGCGCGAUCCGAGGAGGAGGAUUGGGAGGAGAAAAUGAAGAAAACCUUGUGGUCUCCGAUUCAGAAUCGGAUAUUUACCAAAGUGACACAGAUAUUAAGUUUGGAAAGACUCGCAAGAUUAGCCAAGGCUAAGAGCGUAACGGAACCGAACUUUCGAAGAACGUCGGUGGAUAUCGCAGCAAGGAGAUUUCGCGAAACGUUAGCCUCGACCGGAUGGGACUGGAGACUGGUUCAAUGGCUGCACAAUUUGCUGUUCGAGCGUCUCCCCUAAGAAUAUUUAGCCAUUUAUCUCGAUAUCUUACAGACCUUGAGACUGAAAAUUUCUCAGCUAAUCGAUAAGAUGAUCGCUGUGCAACCGAAUAUUAGCGCUAAGAACGGCUUUAUAACGUGGGAAACGCUCGGAUCACUCUUAAAACGAUCUUGGGAUCCAGUCGCGCAGAAUUUGAGCGGAAAUAGACUUAAGAAAUUGCCCGGAAAUCCAAUCUUAAUAGUAGUAGUAGUAGUACCUUCCGGCAUCGCGUCGGCAUCCGUUUCGUCUCGUCAGCAUAAAUGGAUCACGCAGUUGGGAUUGUUAGGCAUGGUCGCUACCGUUCACACUCACAUGAGUUUGGCAGCCAACAGAAUGACUAUGAUGGUGUGCAUGAAUCAAUUGGUUCAGGCCACAAGAGUUAAAAUAUAAGAUGUCAGAAGUGACUGUCCUGGUAGGCCGAUCAUACUCGUAGAUUUCACCGCUGGCGCAGCGCUUGCUUGUCAGAUGGCUCAGAUAGAACACGUAACUGCUGUUAUCUGCAUUGGAUUUCCUUUCACAACGGUCGAGGGAAAACGAAACACACCUGAUGAUAUGUUAACGGACAUUCGCUGUCCCGUCAUGUUCAUUAUUGGGCAAAACGCCACUCUCAUUAGACCGGACGAUUUAGAGGAACUCUGUGAGAAAAUGCUGAUCGAGACAAGUCUGGUGGUUGUGGGUACGGCCGACAAUCAUCUCAGAAUAUCCACGUUUAAAAAGGUGCUCGAGGGCAUCGCGCAGAGCAUGGUGGACAGAUGCGUAUUGGACGAGAUUGGAGAUUUCAUCGGUAGCAUGCUAUUGCAAUCGCAUCCAUUACCGCUGCAACUGACAAUGAAGACUAACUGUGACAGCAAGAACAAAAAGGACUUUCACAAACGAAAGAACUUGACCAGCAGUUCCGUGGAAAGCGAACCUAACUUACCGACCGUGAAGAAAUCUCGGCCGACCACGCCGAUAUCUUCCGCGCUAUCGGUUGGAAUAAACGUGGCAUCGAGCUCGGCUCCUAAAAUCGGUGUAUUCAAUAUCCAAUCCAAUUUGACGCAAGUAAGUGGGCAACAUACAAAUCAUAUUUCCACCGCGAAAUGGAAGCGGCCCACGAACAAUCAGAAAAAUCAGUUCUCAGAACUGAAGACUCCUAGACUUGCCAGACAGACAAAUAUUAAUUCAGAAAAUGGCAUAACGCUCAAUAUUGGCACACUAGCGAGUCUGGCGCCGAUAGGGCCGAUACGUUUAGCACCCACUACAGUGAGUCAAUCGACGACCACUUUCUCCAGAACACCUAAUGCAUCCAAAUCCUCAGCUAUGACCGUUAAAGUGCCGUCGAAAAUCAUCUCGAAUGUGCCGCUGCGAAAUGUUUUAAAAAUGAAAACGAUAUCUUUUAAUAAGUCUUACUUGAAUAUAGUCGCAAACAAUUACAGACAAGUUAAUACUCCUGACAAAAGUGGAGACACAAAAUUGAUGAACGUUUUCACCAAGCCCACGGGGAAUCAAAUUACAGUUAAUGCAAUUCCGACAGUGGGAAGUAGUAAGCCUACAGCGACAAGCGGCACUUUGUCGAAUCUUUUGCAAAGUGGAAAGAAUUCAAUUGCACUUACGAGCAGUGCAUUCUCCACUCGUGCAUCGUCGGUUUCUAAUAAUCUACUAACGACCACCACGUCAUCAGCGAAUACCGUAACGUCGUCCGCAUCGACCCCUUCAAAAGGUAGAUUACAAUUAUCUAAACCAUUAUUAAUUGAUUUAUCGUUUGAUGUGUAA